AUGAUGGUUUCAUUGGCUUACUCUCACAAAGGGGCAGUCGUAGUCGACAAAUGCAUUCAGCGUCGGUUAUUCACCGUCACCCAGGGUCAAGACCUCGUCAGUCAUGAUCCGAAUCUCAUCGUGUACGCGGGCGUGGACGGCAUGUUUGGCCACUUCAACUUGUUCAUCGUAGGGUUUCUUCAUCGGCAUCCAUCUGUUAGCAACUUACUGAUCGACCUGAGCUCAGGGGUGUGCACUGACGAGCAGAUCUUGAAUAAUAAAUGUCGGCGAUACGUUGUCGGGGGAUUUGAAUUCCUGAAGACUACUAGUCACCUGAAGCGAUGCUACGGGUUUCUCAUUGACGGAGAUUUCGCUCUUCGUUGGAAGGAUCAGUGUGAAGCUGCGAGACAUCAUUCGCCAUUGACGAUCUCGAAUCUUUCGUUUGUAUUGUUUUGUGGGCUAUUCUGA